CAGCAGGGGCGGAGCCGGCGCGGGUCACCUGGGCCGAGGCGGAACUGAGGGGUCCGUCACUGUACGAAGAACGUGGAACUGAGACUCACCUGUGCGGGGCCGGAGGCGGGGCCUGGGCAAAAACUCACCUGAGCCGGCGGAACCGGCCCCGAGAGUGGCCCCGGGCUCGCCCCGCGCGCAGGGGAGGCGCCCGGCGGGCCCCGUCUGAGCGCCCCUCGGUCCGUCCGUCCGUCCGUCCGUCCGAGCGGGGUCCCCGCGCGGCCGCCAUGACCUGGAGCGCCGCGGCGCGGGGCGCCCACCAGCCCGACAACACCGCCUUCACGCAGCAGCGCCUCCCCGCCUGGCAGCCGCUGCUGUCGGCCGGCAUCGCGCUGCCGCUCUUCUUCUGCGCCGGCCUGGCCUUCAUCGGCCUGGGCCUGGGCCUCUACUACUCGUCCAACGGCAUCACGGAGCUCGAGUACGACUACACCGGCAACCCGGGCACCGGCAACUGCUCGGUGUGCGCCGAGGCCGGCCAGGGCCGCGCGCCGCCGCCCACCUGCUCGUGCGCCUGGUACUUCUCGCUGCCCGAGCUCUUCCAGGGCCCCGUGUACCUCUACUACGAGCUCACCAACUUCUACCAGAACAACCGGCGCUACGGCGUGUCCCGCGACGACGAGCAGCUGAGCGGGCUGCCGAGCGCGCUGCGCCAGCCGGCCAACGAGUGCGCCCCCUACCAGUUCAGCGCCGCCGGCCUGCCCAUCGCGCCCUGCGGCGCCAUCGCCAACAGCCUCUUCAACGACUCCUUCUCGCUGUGGCACCAGCGCCAGCCCGACGGGCCCUACGUCGAGGUGCCGCUCGACCGCACCGGGAUCGCCUGGUGGACCGACUACCACGUGAAGUUCCGCAACCCGCCGCUGGUGAACGGCAGCCUGGCGCUGGCCUUCCAGGGCACCGCGCCCCCGCCCAACUGGCCCCGGCCGGUCUACGAGCUCAGCUCCGACCCCAACAACACCGGCUUCACCAACCAGGACUUCGUGGUGUGGAUGCGCACGGCGGCGCUGCCCACGUUCCGCAAGCUGUACGCGCGCAUCCGCCAGGGCAACUACACGGCCGGGCUGCCGCGGGGCGCCUACCGCGUCAACAUCACCUACAACUAUCCGGUGCGCUCCUUCGACGGCCACAAGCGCCUCAUCUUCAGCAGCAUCUCGUGGAUGGGCGGCAAGAACCCCUUCCUGGGCAUCGCCUACCUGGUCGUCGGCUCCCUCUGCAUCCUCACGGGCUUUGUCAUGCUGGUCGUCUACAUUCGCUACCAGGACCAGAACGACGAGGACGAGGACGAACAGUGAUUCCUGCUUUCAAAGCACCCUUCCUGCUUCUUGGCAAAACUCGCUUGCAAGUUUCUUUUGGCCUCUCCCCCUCACCCCUCACACAAUUCCAGCAUGGCCUCACUUUUCCUCCUGCUGUGGAUGAGAGGACCAGAGAGAGGAAUUACACCCAAUUGGAGGCUACCAGACUCUUGCUGGGCUGUUUGGACUGCAGAGAGAGACAUUCUUGCAAAUUCUCCCCAUCUCCUUCACGAUUUACCCAGUUGACAUGUUCGGUUCUUAAAGUCCGUAGCAUCUGAGAGCGGAAGGGAUGGUAGAGACUCCUAGUCAAUUCCUAUUUGAUGAACAGACUGAGACCUCGAGAUGUUAAAUAGCUCAUUAAAGAUCAGGCAGCUCCUCAUUGGCUCCUGACUCUGACUCUAGAGCUUUUACCACUACAGUACAGUGGUUUUCUUUUCUUUUUUCAUUUUUUUUGGGGGGUGUGAGGGGGAAUGGGUUGGAGUAGAGAGCCAAGCCCACACAUAACCUGCAGAGGCAUGGAGGGGUGGGAGACAACAUACCUGUUAAAAUGUAGACAGAUCAGGAGGCACCAUCCCCAGAGUCUGACCCAUAAGGCUGAGGUGAGACCCUUGAAGCUGUGUCUUAACAAGCUGGUCUGAAGAUUCCUCCUGUAUUCCCUCAAAUUUGCGAAUCACUGCCCUGAACCAGGGAGCAAGUAGAAUACUGGAUGUUUCCCUAUUUCCUCAUGUCUCUGAGGUUGGGCCUAAAGCAGCCACCUGAGUCCAGUUUUUCAGGCAGUCAUUUGUUCCCAGGGGCAGUGACAAUCAUGAUGUUGAGGGUUUGGUCCAGCACUCCCCUUGAACAUGGGAAGCUCUCCAUAAUUUGAAGAAUGAAUGUAAAAACCUUGCUAUCUCUAGAAAACUAGUUGGCAUACAGAUUUGCAGAGCAGGGUUUGUAUCGAUUCAUUUAAUGUUUGUGUAAGAGAUUAAAAAAACCGGUUUGCCAGGUACUGUGCAGAAACUUGAAAAUGCCAGGUCAGCUUGUACAGUUCGGAGGGAAUGUUUUAACCUAAGAAUCAGAUAGCUGGAAGGGAUCUUAGAGGGAAAAUGAUCUCCGUAAAGUCGUAUCUGUGUCUCCUGGCUCCCGACUCAGUCCUCUUUGUCUUCUAAAUUGUUUUUUCUGCUUAGAGAGAAAGGUCCUGCUUCGUUCAUAUCUUUUCUCUUGGGGCUGAGAAGAAACUUGGGAUCUACAUUCUCAGAUGAAGCGUGUGUGUUUCUAGUAAUUAUGUUUAAAUGAAUGCUGAGCAAUAUGGUCUUAUAUGUAAACUAGAAUCUCAAGAAUUAUUUGAACCUUUGAAGAUAAUGUUAAACUCUCUCUAAAAUCAUUCUAAUGUAUAUAAAGUUAUUCUAAGAAGCAAUAGAAUUUUUUUAAAAAAAACCUUCCUUUUAUGGCAAAACAACUUAAAAAAAAACACUUUAGUGAUAUCAUCUUAACCAGUUUAUUUACUGAAAACCAACAGUUAUUUGGUGUUCUGUCAGACAGAAUUCUCAGUGCUUGCUCCCUAUUACAGCUACUCUCCAGUUACUGCUGGUUUUGCUCAUACCUGUAAGGCAAUGCAAGACCUGAAGUAUAUUCUUUCUUUUAGUAGUUGAAGAAAUAUUGACUUGUAUUGAAUAAUUUACAUUAAUUUUAUUUUACUCUGUUCUAGUUCUUUGGAAAUUAAUAAUCGAUGGACAGCAUGCAUGUUCACUGUCAGAUCUUCUGUCUCAGAUCUUCUGGAACAGUUGUGAUUUAAGAGAUUCUGUCCCACUAUCUACAUAAACCAAAACAUAUUUUAGUAAUUCCAGUGUGUUGGCUUCCCAACUCCCAAAUGUGACACAAUUCUAUUGUCAGAUUGCAUAUUGUGAUUUUAGGCUAUGAAAAUAUGAUCAUUCUAUGUAUAUAGAGUAAUUUUUAUUUAUUGUGGAUGUUUGAUCGAGCAGCUCACUAGCCUAGCCCUUCUUUAUGUUGGAUAAGAGAAUUUACUACAUUUUUUUACUAUGUAGUUGAGAGCAACCAUGUAUUUUGCAAUCAUUUUUACAAUAUUCGUUCCAUUGCUAUAAAAUUUUAAAUAAGACUACAAAAUUUAAGGUAUUCUGAUUAUAUCUAUAGCUAUGGUUCCAGGCCCUAUUCUCUGGGUUUUUGAAAUAAAAUAAAGGUCAUGUUUGUCUUACCUUUGUUAUCACGUUUGCUUAAUUCUUUUGAACUAUGGUCUUAAAGGCACAAACAGUCCCAACCACUUUGCUCAUUUGUUAUUAGCAGAUUUAUAUUGCAGUAAGAAAAUAAUCUGUCAGAAUAAGGCUCAAAAUGAACUCAAUCUUUCAGUGUUAACUUCUUAAAAUAGAAUUUGAACUUAAUAUCAACUUCAACAUGCAGUAUGAAUUAGACAAUCUUCAACUAUUGUUUGAAUUUGCUAAAAUGUGGUCAAUUUUUAAAACUGUUUAGUAUUAA